GAAAUCUUUGAUGUCUAGCGUGACAGUGGACUGAUUAUUUAUGUUUUAUUCUAGAAUACAACUUUAACUGUAUUAUUUUAUAUUUUCCUUUGUAAUUAAAGCAUUGGUAAUAUUAUUUAUUAUUGCAUGGAAGUUAUUAUUACUGGAUUGUAUUUGGAUAAGGUGGACAAUUUUAACAUGAACUGAAUGAUUUCGACAUGGCGGCUACUAGAAAACUACAAGGUGAAAUAGAUCGAUGUUUAAAAAAAGUAACUGAGGGGGUUGAAACUUUUGAGGAUAUAUGGCAAAAAGUUCAUAAUGCCACUAAUAGUAAUCAAAAGGAAAAAUACGAGGCUGACCUCAAAAAGGAAAUUAAGAAGUUGCAAAGACUUCGAGAUCAAAUUAAAAGUUGGAUUGCCUCAGGUGAAAUAAAGGACAAGAGUAUUUUAAUGGAUAACAGGAAAUUAAUUGAAACGCAAAUGGAAAGGUUUAAAGUUGUCGAAAGGGAAACAAAAACAAAGGCGUAUUCAAAAGAAGGGUUAGGGGCAGCACAAAAACUUGAUCCUGCUCAAAAAGAACGAGAAGAAAUACAAAAUUGGUUGGUUGCUUCCAUUGAUCUCCUAAAUAUACAGACUGAUGCUUUUGAAAGUGAAAUUGAGUCUCUCCUAGCAAAUAAAAAGAAAAAACUAGAUAAGGAUAAACAAGAACGGAUGGAUGAGUUUAAAUCUAGGCUGGAAAAACAUAGGUUUCACAUACGAAAGCUUGAAACUCUGUUAAGGAUGUUGGAUAAUAUGUCUGUAGAAGUGCAACAGAUCAGGAGGAUAAAGGACAAUGUGGAGUACUACAUUGAAUCGUCGCAGGACCCCGAUUUCGAAGACAGCGAGUUCAUCUACGACGACAUAAUCGGUCUGGACGAGGUGGAACUUUCCGGCGUCGGUUUGCCGUCGAGCGCGACCACCGACAGCAACGAUACGGGUGGAACGCCCACGUCGAUCAUAAGCGGCUCGUCGCCAAUAUCGUCGCCCCCGCCCUCCGCGAUGCAACAACCGCCCAUUUCGAUGAUGAACAGCGCGGCGGUGGCCGCGGCAGCCGCAGCCGCCGCCAACGUUAUCGGCUACAACAAUCAUUCCACGAGUGAGAGCUCCAGUGAGGUGGAUAAAUUGCAAAGGCCCAUUAGCAAAGAUCAGCCCAAAGAGUACCUUUUUUCCUUUCAGCCCAUUAAACCGACCCCGGUUCGUGCCAGUUCCGUCUCUCUGAACAACAGCGUCACAUCAAUGCUGAACUACAGCAUCGGCAGCAGUAGCGCAGCGUCGACGCCUAGCGGCAAAACGUCGAACCCGCCGCCGAACCUCGUGAGCAGCACGCCGAGCAAACAAGCGCCGCCCACGUCAACCUGCCUGUCCGUCGGCCUGUCGUCGACGGUUUCUCAGCAGGCGGCGGCGCUCAGCCAGCAGCUGCAGCUGCUGCAACCGUGCAGGGAGCCCUCGCCGACGUCGCAGAUGAUGGCGAGCAGCGGCUUCACAGUGGCGGCGGUUGCGGCGGCUGCUGCGGCUGCUGCCGCGGCUGUUAACACCUCCAAGAGCAAUUUAACAAGUGGUGAUACAAAUUCCACAUCUGUGAUAAACAACAUUAGUCAAGUUCCAGUUCAAAAUACAUCUAAUGCCAUCAACACAUCCCUUCAUAUGAACUCAUCCAUAACAUUGACACAGCCAACGCAAAACUCGGCAAACGCAUUACAAAAAUCAUUUGAAACGCAUGUACAAAGCAACUGUAUCAGUCCUGACUUAAACAACAGCAGCGAAUCGUCGCCGUUGAAUGUUGAAUCAUCGCUUCCCAUCACGAAUGGCACCGUGAACGAAAAGAUAUCCGAAGGUUUGACGUCGUUAAAAUCGAUGGCGCAACAGGUUGUGGACAGAGCGGGCCUCGACAACAACCAAGUGAUCCUGGAAUCGAGCAAGUCGAGUCAGAACCAGGGCAAAUCGGACGCGCACAUACCUCCGCUGCUGGGCGUGGCCCCGCUGGGCGCCAUCCCCCUGCAAAAGGAGCACCAGACGCAGUUCCAGCUGAUGGAGGCGGCGUACUACCACAUUCCGCAUCCGUCCGACAGCGAGCGGAUCAGGAACUAUUUGCCGCGCAACCCGUUCAACACGCCCGCCUACUACGUGCAGUCGCCGCUCGCGCACUCGGACACUCUCGAGUUCUACCAGCGAUUGGCGACGGAAACGUUGUUCUUUGUUUUCUACUACAUGGAAGGGACAAAAGCGCAAUACUUGGCCGCGAAGGCGCUCAAAAAGCAGAGCUGGAGGUUCCACACCAAGUACAUGAUGUGGUUUCAAAGGCAUGAAGAACCCAAGAUUAUCAAUGAAGAAUACGAGCAGGGCACGUAUAUUUAUUUUGACUACGAGAAGUGGGGUCAGAGAAAAAAGGAAGGUUUUACUUUCGAAUAUAAAUAUUUAGAGGAUAGAGACCUUAAUUGAUUAAAUAAUUUAUAAUA